AUGUCCGCUUUGCCCGUACCAGAAGAAAACGACGGCACAAAGAUCCCAAGUACCAACACUGUGAACCGCUGUGUUUACCCUCGCGAUGAAGCAGUAUUGGCACGCUUUGGCAAGAAACAACAGCUGAAUCGAAAGUUUGGCCUACUUUCAAUCGUAGGCCUUACCUGUACCUUGAUGAUCACCUGGGAAGGUACUUUGACCGUUUUUCAACUCGGGCUGACGAAUGGUGGACCCUCCGGAUUGGUUUAUGGUUUCUUGUUUGCUUGGAUUGGGACUGCUUUACAGGCAUUAGUGAUGGGUGAAAUGGCAUCAAUGAUACCUCUUGCCGGCGGAGCAUACAAUUGGGUCGCAAUACUUUCACCUCCUUGGUGUUCAAAGUUCCUCAGCUACUUAACAGGUUGGAUAACAGUCAUUGGGUGGCAGGCUGCGCUGGCGAGCUCUGCUCUGCUGGGAGGCGUCAUGAUCCAAGGCCUUCUGGUGCUGAACUAUCCCACAUACGUCUUUGAGAGAUGGCAUGGCACGCUGCUGUUGUACGCUCUCAUUGUCAUCGGACUGGUGAUAAAUACGUGGCUUGCGCGCUUGCUACCGCGGAUUGAGGGGCUGGUUCUAGGAAUUCACGUCAUUGGUUUCUUCUGCACGUUGAUUCCUUUGGUUUAUCUUGGUCCACAUGGCUCUCCCUCUGACGUCUUUGCUGCUUUCAACGACGGCGGCGGUUGGGGAUCCCAAGGACUGUCUUUUAUGAUUGGAUUGUCAACGAGCAUGUUUGCAUUCAUUGGCUUUGAUGCUGCAAGUCACAUGGCGGAGGAGAUUGAAAGAGCAGACAUAGUCAUACCAAGGAGUAUAAUCGCUUCCGUAGCGCUUAACGGUUCUCUUGGAUUUGGAAUGGUAAUCGCAACCUUGUUCUGUAUAGGGGAUGUAGACGAUGCCUUGGCGUCAGCAACGGGCUUCCCCUUCAUCCAAAUAUUUCGAAAUGCCACGAACUCCAACGCAGGUGCGAGUGCGAUGACAUCGAUGAUCAUUGCUGCUAUGGUCUUCGCCACCAUUGGGUUUCUCGCGACAGCAUCCCGUAUGGCCUGGGCUUUUGCUCGAGAAAAGGGUCUUCCUGGUUACAACACCUUAGUAAAGGUCCAAACUAAAUCAGCUCUUCCAAUGUAUUGCAUCGGACUCUCCACCAUGAUCAGCCUUCUGUUGGCUCUUAUCAACAUUGGCUCCUCGACAGCCUUCAACGCUCUCACCUCCCUCGUUAUCUCUGCAUUCUAUUCAUCCUUCGUCAUUUCUGCGAGUGUAUUGCUACAUAAACGACUCACAACUCCCGAGCACGAGAUGAAUUAUGGGCCUUUCCGGAAUAGACAUUUCGGUAUUCCGAUCAUCAUCGGAUCAAUUGUUUACAGCGUGAUCGGCAUCUUCUUUUCAUUUUGGCCAGGCUCACUAAACCCAACGCUUGUGAACAUGAAUUGGUCAGCUCCUGUUUUUUCCGGUGUAAUGGUCUUGAGUAUGGGUUUCUGGUUUAUUCAUGGACGCCGGGUGUAUACUGGUCCGAUCAUUGAGGUCGAUUCAAGGGAGAUGAGUGGGUAA